GAGUAUGGUUGUUUCUGGUUCAAAUUUUGAAAAUGGCGUGCUGAAUGGGGCCGGGCCGGUUAUGUGGUGUAGGCCCAACUGAAAUCGAAUCCAAUAAAUAAAUAGGCUAUGGUUCUAGUUGUUGUAGUAGUAUUAGUAGUAGUGGUAGUAGUAAUGUGAGUCAGUAGAUCUGUCCCUUUCCUCUUCAAACACGCAGAGACAGUCUCCUAUAUAUCAUCUCGCUUUGCUGAAAAGCAACACUUCUUUCACUCCCACCUUUCUCCCUUUCAAAAUGCCUAUCAGAUCUCAUCGAUUCUCGUUGAAUCCAGGCAAUGCCCUCGCGUCUGGAUCUGGAAUUGGGCCGAUUUUAGGUUAGGUUGAUGGUGUGAAGAAAUUCUCCGCUUUUUCAAGCAAUUUGUGGCUGUGGGGGCUAAGAUGGGGUCGAGCAGUAGCAAGACCAAUGCUGCCGAGUCAUCGUCGUCUUCCCCGUCGUCGUCGUCGUCUUCCAGUGCCCGCAGGAGCCGAUCCAAAGGAAGCCGAGCCUUCCAAUCGUCGUGUCUCGGCCCGCCGCCUGCAUCUCACGACAGCGACAAUGACGACCAGGUUUCUGGUCAUCAGAGUAAAAGACACGAUUGCAAUAGCCCAAGCGCAAACGAGAUUAAAUCAGACUUGGAUCAAGUAAAAGCUAAAUGUUAUAAAAAAGUUAUAGCUGAGCGGGCCGAUGAAACAGCCUGUAUAUCUUCUAACCCUGAGCUUGAUGAUUGGGGUCAAUCAAAUCUCAGGGAUACUGUUUCUGGGGCUGGUAGUAGUUCUUCCCGAGCUAUCUCUUCUAGAUCAUUGAGUGCUUCAAGUCGCUUUCUUUCCCGCUUUAGCUUGUGCCCAGGUAAUGCAAGCUUUGGGCUGAGUAGAGCAACAAGUUUGGGGUCAUCAGAAGCUUAUCGUGUAUCAUCAACAAGGUUCACAGCUUCAAAUGAACAGGAAGAACUACAAACAUGUUGUGCCCAUGGAUUUUUUAAUAGAAAUGAAACUUCUCGAGGUCGAGGCUUACUUCCUUCAUGCCUUGUGAAUAGAUCUCCCACACAACAACAUUAUGGAGAUUUUGCUUCUGGUAAUUUAGGGUCAAAUCCUACAACUACUGGAAUUUCUGAUUGUUUGCAAGAUGAUCAAGGUAGUUCUGCUCUAAAUGUGGGCAAUCCUAGAGGUGAGUUCAAUUUAAAUUUGCAUUCUCCGGUUAUCCAUAGUGACAUAGACAACAUGGAGGCUAGACAUCCUGAUAGGCGGAUUGGAGCUCGAGAACCUGUGGAACGUAAUGUUCGUUUUAGUAGAACCCUAAGUGUUGGAAGACUUCGUGAUCGAGUUCUUCGCAGAUCAUCAUUUCCUGGUAUAACAGCUCCUUUGCAACAAGCAAGGGAAGUAAUAGAUGCCAGUCAUCAUGGUGGUUCACAGGCUUUGGGCAGUGGAGCAGGGGCAUUGACAUCAAAUGAGACUUCUUUGAUCUCUUCUACUUCUGCUUAUGCUUCAUCUGGUAUGUCUAGCUCCUUGUACACUGGUGAAGAUUAUGAAGUGGAAAACUCACGUGCAAGAGAAGCCAGGUAUCAUGAUCUCUUGGAGCAUAGAUCAAAUUUCCUUGAACGCAGAAGAAGAAUAAGAUCGCAGGUCCGUGCUCUUCAGCGGAUGGGCAACCGUUUUGAGAACCUGUCUGGUCAUGAGAGAUCUUGUAUCAUAUCUGGUCAACAUCGAACAGGUCAUUGCACAUGUCGUAUUAGUAAUCGAGAUGUUAAUUCAAGUGAUGAUGCUAGUGCUAGGGCUAGCAUAUCAAGAAUCGUUAUGUUGGCUGAAGCUUUGUUUGAGCAAUCUGUUGUCUUAUCUUCUCGACCUUCUGUGUCGUCGAUUGGUUCUGUUCCUGCACCUAAUGAAGUUGUGGAAUCCUUGCCUGUGAUAUCAUAUAGUAAAUUGCAAAAGCAUCUGAAUGAGGAAGCUGCGCAAUGUUAUAUAUGCCUAGUAGAGUACGAGGAAGGAGAUAGUUUGAGGAUGCUACCUUGUCACCAUGAAUUUCAUAGAACAUGCAUAGAUAAAUGGCUCAAGGAGAUUCACAGGGUAUGCCCGCUUUGUCGAGGGGAUAUCUGCAGCAGACCUGAACCGGUGCCAUUGGAGAAUUAAAGCAGGCUAAUUUGGGCUGGCGUUGGUUCCUCGUUGACCAUCAAAUCAGUAGGAAUUCGAGUGCUUCUCCAACCCCAACUGAGGGGAAAAGAAAUAAGAAUUUACAAGAAGGGUCUCUUUCUGCUGGUAUUACUCUCAUUGCCUCGGUUCAAUUUUUUGGUUGCUUAUUGUAGGACACACUAUAUACGGGCGGAAAUGGGCCGAACUGUUCAUGUCAUGCCUUUUCUCUACUGCCGGAAUCGCGAGAGAGAGAGAGAGAGAUUGUUUUGGUUUGGAGAAGCAAAUGGUUGGGGGAAGGCCUGCUUUGUAGAUCGGAAUUCCUGUUUGGCCAAGAAUACAUGCAUAUGGUGUUUGAUAUAAUUUGUCUUCUUAAUGCAUAUGGUCUUUUAUUUUCCACA